AUGGUCAAGCACCAGUGCUGCCCCGGCUGCGGCCACUUCUGCACCGCUGGCACCUUCCUGGAGUGCCACCCCGACGUGCGCAUCGGGCACCGCUUCCACCGCGCUGCCCGCAUGCGCGGGCAGGGCGAGGGCCGGGAUAGUUUGGGUUAUUUUGGNCGCAGGAGUGCCCGCAUGCACGGGCAGGGCGAGGGCCGGGAUAGUUUGGGUUAUUUUGGUGCCCGCAUGCGCGGGCAGGGCGAGGGCCGCGCCCCCCGGCCGGACCCCCGGGCCGAGCCCAUCGACAGCUCGGGGGGGCCGGCGCUGGCCCUGCCCUCGGGGGGGGCCCUGAGCGCCCGGGGGCUCCCCCCAGGCCCCGCCCGGGAGCACCUGGAGAAGGCGCUGCUGGGCCAGGAGGCCGAGAGGAGGAAGAAGCUUCGCUUCCACCCCCGGCAGCUUUACCUGAGCGUCAAACAGGGGGAGCUGGGCAGGGUCAUCCUGAUGCUGCUGGACAACCUGGACCCGAAUUUCCAGAGCGACGCCCAGAGCAAGCGCUCGGCGCUGCACGCGGCGGCGCAGAAGGGACACCUGGAGAUCUGCCACCUGCUGCUCCAGGCCGGAGCCAACAUCAACGCCGUGGACAAGCAGCGCCGGACGCCGCUGAUGGAGGCCGUGGCCAAUGACCAGCUGGACACGGCGCGGUACCUGCUGCAGAGAGGGGGGUGCGCCUACAGCCAGGAGGAGGACGGCUCCACCUGCCUGCACCAUGCGGCCAAGAACGGCAACCUGGAGAUGGUGGAGCUGCUGCUGAGCACCGGCCAGGUGGACGUCAACGCCCAGGACAGCGGCGGCUGGACGCCGAUCAUCUGGGCGGCCGAGCACAAACACAUCGAGGUCAUCCGGCGGCUGCUGACCCGCGGGGCCGACGUCACGCUGACCGACAACGGGGGGGAGCACCCGGGCACAGCUGGGCACAGCUGGGGGGNCCAGUACAUCCCAGUACAUCCCAGUACGGAUCUGCGCUCGGCGCUGCACGCGGUGGCGCAGAAGGGACACCUGGAGAUCUGCCACCUGCUGCUCCAGGCCGGAGCCAACAUCAACGCCGUGGACAAGCAGCGCCGGACGCCGCUGAUGGAGGCCGUGGCCAAUGACCAGCUGGACACGGCGCGGUACCUGCUGCAGAGAGGGGGGUGCGCCUACAGCCAGGUGCUGCUGAACGCGCAGUGCGACCUGCACGCCGUCAACUUCCACGGGGACACGCCGCUGCACAUCGCCGCCCGGGAGAGCUACCAUGAUUGUGUCAGCCUGUUCCUGUCGCGCGGGGCCGACCCCGAGGUGCGGAACAAGGAGGGCGACUCCCCCCUGGACCUGAGCCCGGAGCGCUCCGAGGUCUGGGUGGCGCUGCAGCUCAACAGGAAACUGAGGCAGGGCGCGGCGGGCAGGGCGCUGCGCACCGAGCGCAUCGUCAGCAGGGACGUGGCGCGGGGCCACGAGAACGUUCCCAUCCCCUGCGUCAACGGCGUGGACGAGGAGCCGUGCCCACAGGACUACAAAUACAUCGCCGAGAACUGCGAGACCUCCACCAUGAACAUCGACCACAACAUCACCCACCUGCAGCACUGCACCUGCCAGGACGAUUGCUCCUCCUCCAACUGCCUCUGCGGGCAGCUCAGCAUCCGCUGCUGGUACGACAAGGACGGGCGGCUGCUGCAGGAGUUCAAUAAAAUCGAGCCCCCCCUGAUUUUCGAGUGCAACCAGGCCUGCACCUGCUGGAGGAGCUGCAAGAACCGCGUGGUGCAGAGCGGCAUCAAGUGGGACCCCAAAAAAACCCCAAAAACCCAAAUUCUGCACCCCAAAAACCCCAAAAUCCUGAAUUCUGCACCAGAAAAACCCCGUUACUACGGCAACGUCAGUCGCUUCAUCAACCACCUGUGCGACCCCAACAUCAUCCCCGUGCGCGUGUUCAUGCUGCACCAGGACCUGCGCUUCCCCCGCAUCGCCUUCUUCAGCAGCCGCCACAUCCGCCCCGGCGAGGAGCUGGGG